GCGGUUUUUCGGUAGACAACAGUGGAUUUUAAAAUGUGUUCUCCGGCUUGUUUACUUUUCGCUGUGCUGGCGUUCUCUAGCACCACUUGUUCGAGCUCCGACAGCUUAGCGCUGCUAACGGGCACCCUGAAGACGAUGCGGCGCGCGGCGUGUGAUGAUGAGCUGGUGUCCCUCUCCUGUCCCCGCGGCACCACUGUCAACAUCCAGGUCGCGGAAUAUGGGAAAGCCACUGCUGGAGCCCACAGCUGCAAGCCCAGAGACGACCAGAUGCAGGUCGUGUCGGAUGAGCAGUGUUUGUGGCCGACGGCUAUGCAGUACUCGUUACUCCAGACGGUGGUGGAGGCGUGUCGGAAGAAGCCGCACUGCACCUUCAGCACCAAGUCCAAGCCGGGCACGGUGGACCCCUGCCCGCAUACCAGGAAGUUCGUCGACGUGGCCUUCAAGUGCCGACCGCACGAGUUCCGGAGUCAGACAGCAUGUGAGGACGAGGUGAUCCGGCUGAGCUGCAACCCUCAUUCCCGCGUGGUCAUCUUCGACGCAAUGUACGGGAGGAAGGCGUACGAGUCCAUCAUAUGCCCGCAGACGCAGGGAGUCGCUGAUGAGACGUGCACGGCUCAAUACGCGGUGGAGACUGUGAUGCAGCUGUGUCACGGGAAACGCCGCUGCCAGGUCGUCGCCAACAGCAAGACUUUCGGCACACCCUGCAGACCGGAGACCAAGAGCUACCUGAAAGUGGUGUACACUUGUGUGCCUCUGGGUGUGCUGAUGGAGAAAUUCGAGAGUCCAGCUGAGGCUGAUGAGAAGGAUGGAACGGAGAAGGAGGAAGGGUUGUUUGAUGAAACCGUGGACCAUGGAGAAAAGUGGAGGGAGCCAAACCAGAUAGCACCCGUCGCGAACCCCGCGCUACAACCGCCAGAAAAGAAAGAAGAUUCCAAGACAGAGGUGAAAAAUGUCUACCCUGUCAGCAAUCAUAAAGCACCACCUAGCAACGCUUCAGAGACUCAAAAAUACAUUUAUAUUAGUAUAGUCAUAUUAUUAAUAAUCAUAGUCUUAUCAAUUAUAAUAGGCAUAAGAUACUAUAGGAGGUGGAAGCAGGAGAGGGCUUCUAAAAACGGCAACAUGUUUUCGACGGAAGCACCGAAUGUCUUUAACGAUACUCUCUCGGAUAUCGACAAUGACGUCGACGUGAGUCACAUCUCUGGGACUUUCUACGAUCCUCUCCAUCCUGACAUGAUCCUGUACAAGGACGGGCCCGGUAGGACCACCCUAAGGGCUAUGAAGCCCCUCUCCACCAUAUAUCCUACAGCCGGGCCCUGCAUGUACGGUAAUGUGGAUUACGUUCCUUCACACUCGAGGGAUGUUCCGAGGUUUAUAGCUAAGGAGGCAGAGGGGGAGGUGAUGAUGAGCCCAAAGAGUCUGAGUGGCUACUCCAACUCCCAGUUCUACUACGGCUGACAAGACAGCGGAGGUGAUGAUACCUCCAGGACUUAUUGCUUUUAAUGUGCUAAAAUGUGAUGCUUGAAAAGCCUGUAUGAUAAGUUAUAGUGUACGCGGGGAUUC